CCGACGCCAAUACAUCGUCAUGUAUCGAACACCAUAUCCAACAUCCUCUAUCGACCUCCCUAAACCGCCUAUACCCUACAUCCCAGGCUGGAAGUUUCCCGUCCAGUCGCAUAUACCACCGGCCCCGACUCUGGUCACUUAUGAGUGGUACUUAAGCAGCAAAGCCGAGCGAGUCGAGAGGAACCAGCUCAGUCCUCUGGAGCGAUGUGUACGCAACCCUCCAUUAGAAGGACCGGAGCCGCGUGAGCCACCCCAUACCUUUGAGUUGAGGAUCGUUCACCCGAUUAGAAUCGGAGAUGGGCACAAUUCUCAAGUCUUCGUCGUGAAAGCCGGUGGAACCCAUCCUUUGCCCGAAGACAGAACACUGGUGGCCAAGGUGUACGACCCUCUUUAUCAUGACGAUGAGAGUGGAUUUCAUAGCCCAUUUAAAUGCAUGAAUCAGCACUAUACCCACGAAGCCCGCGCCUACGAGAUGAUGUCUGAAUUCCAGGGCCAUCUGGUGCCCAGGUACUACGGGUCCUAUACAACCGAGAUCCCUGCCGGCAACUCCAGAGUGCGCACUGUCCGCUUGAUCCUGAUCGAAUAUGUCGAGGGGAUUUCAUUGCUCCAGGUGCACCCCAACAGCUUCUCCCAAGAGAUACGCCAGCAGAUCAUUAAGAGCGUGAUCGACUUUGACACCACGGUGAUGCACCGCCAAAACAUCGUCGUGCGGGAUUUGAGCCCUCGCAAUCUGAUGAUCUUGGAAACCACAGCACUCGACCCGAAAAAACACCUCGUUUUUGUUGAUCUUGCGGGCGCCUUGUUUAAUCGCAGACCGGAUUGGCCUGGUCUUCCCAAGUGCAAAUUCCUCGAUCAAUACAUUUCACCGCUGCUGCGGUGGAGACGUUCAGAGCCCUUGGAGUUUGGGGACUGGGUUGAUUGGGACUGGAAGCCCUGGAUUGAGCAAGAGUAUGCUCAUACAGCUGACACCAUCACUCAAGAGAUGCGGGAUGUGUACCGUGACUGAAGUUGGCACAUAGUAUAGGAAUGGUGAACUCAGGUCGAAGGAGAGUUCAAGGGAGCAUAUUUUAUUGAAAAAAGCCUUUGCGACUGUCAGUCUUGGGCUGUGUGGCUGGGUUGCCGUUUAUCCAUUUCAUGGCCCAGAGUAGCUUCUAGCACGAGCUGCGUCUUCAAAGGGAGUAGAAACAACCAACUAGCCACCUGUGUAGCAAGGAGUUUGUUGAUCCUCCGUUAAUGCUUGGAUUUGGUAUCCCGACUGCCCUACGCAGAAGGUGUGGAGGAUUGCAUUCGCUCCAUGUACUCUGUUGUUGUCACUUGAUCCGACACCUUCACCUUACACUUUCCCCAAUCCCUCCACCCUUGCUUCAUCCUUUGUUU